ACUGAGCUGCAUGUGAGACCAUGCAAAAGCUAGCAAUCUAUGUUUAUAUUUACCUGCUCAUGCUGAUUUCGGUUGAUCCGGUGGCUCUUGAUGACGGCAAUCAGCCCACGGAGAAUGCUGAGAAAGAUGGACUGUGCAACGCUUGUAUGUGGAGACAGAAUACAAAAUCUUCCAGAAUAGAAGCCAUAAAAAUUCAGAUCCUCAGCAAACUGCGCCUGGAACAAGCUCCUAACAUUAGCAGGGAUGUUAUUAAACAACUUCUGCCCAAAGCUCCUCCGCUGCAGGAACUGAUUGAUCAGUAUGAUGUCCAGAGGGACGACAGUAGCGAUGGCUCUUUGGAAGAUGAUGACUAUCAUGCCACUACCGAAACGAUUAUCACAAUGCCUACAGAGUCUGAUUUUCUUGUACAAAUGGAGGGAAAACCAAAAUGUUGCUUCUUUAAGUUUAGCUCUAAAAUACAAUAUAACAAAGUAGUAAAGGCACAAUUGUGGAUAUACUUGAGGCAAGUCCAAAAACCUACAACGGUGUUUGUGCAGAUCCUGAGACUGAUUAAACCCAUGAAAGACGGUACAAGAUAUACCGGAAUUCGAUCUUUGAAACUCGACAUGAACCCAGGCACUGGUAUUUGGCAGAGCAUUGAUGUGAAGACAGUGUUGCAAAAUUGGCUCAAACAGCCUGAAUCCAAUUUAGGCAUCGAAAUAAAAGCUUUUGAUGAGAAUGGACGAGACCUUGCUGUAACUUUCCCAGGACCAGGUGAAGAUGGAUUGAACCCCUUUUUAGAGGUCAGAGUUACAGACACGCCAAAACGGUCCCGCAGAGAUUUUGGCCUGGACUGCGAUGAGCACUCGACAGAAUCGCGAUGCUGCCGCUACCCACUGACGGUGGAUUUCGAAGCGUUUGGCUGGGACUGGAUUAUUGCACCUAAGAGAUACAAAGCCAAUUACUGCUCCGGAGAGUGCGAGUUUGUCUUUUUACAGAAGUACCCCCACACUCACCUCGUCCACCAAGCCAACCCCAGAGGCUCAGCAGGCCCCUGCUGCACGCCCACCAAGAUGUCCCCCAUAAACAUGCUCUACUUCAAUGGUAAAGAACAAAUCAUCUAUGGCAAGAUCCCAGCCAUGGUUGUAGAUCGCUGCGGGUGCUCAUGAGAUCAUUGUGAGACCUAUUGCUUCGUAAAUUGUGAAAGCUACACCCCCCAAAAAAAAAUUAUCAAUAUUAAUUAUAAUUAUUAUUAUUAUAACAUUAUACCCCCUCACCAGUCUUUGAAACUGUGAAGUUACGUACACUAGGCAUUGCUGACAUCCUACAUGCUGUAUGAUAGGCUAUCGUACAGAUUUUAGCGCAGCACCAGCUCCAGAACCUGAACUCAAAGGAGGCGAUAGCUACCCACCGGGCGGUUGGGGUUUUUUGAGCCAGGGAAAGAGAAAAGCUCCAAUCAAAACCCACCAGAUCUAAACACACCAAGGUCUUACAUUGUGAGGGAAUCAACGGUCAAGCACUCAGACGCAGGUUUGAGUCUGCGUCGGUAGCCAACAUGGUAAGCAAAAGCAGGCUCCUUCUCAUCCGAGGAUGGAAGGAGCAGGCUUUUAAAGUCCAUUUCUUCACAGCUUCACUCACUAUUGUAUUUACAGGAAAAUAUUUACUGGUAAACAUUAUACACCACACUACACAAUGCCACCGAGAAUCAUCCUUAAACACUUGAAUAUAUAUAUAUAGAGAGAGAGUACAGAGUCGUGAAAUGGAUUGGAUGGAAAUUCCACAUAAAUGGAUAAACCUUGAAAUUAGGGAUGGCGUAGAGUAUUUAGCAUGUCUCCAUUCCUUUUUCUUGUUAGAUAGGCUAGGAAUCACUGGCAAUGGUGCUACGUAAGCAGGCUGAGUAAAUAGCUAGUUAUGGAAGAUGCAGAAUUUUAGACUAACAAGGAAUUUGCCCUAUCCUCAGGUACACUACUCAAAGUGUUUUGUAAAAGAAAUGGAUGUAGGCAUUUUGUAGAAGAGAGGGAAUGGUUUUCCAGCCCAUUAGAAACCAAAAGGCAGCCGAGAAAGUCCAGCCUUCAGACCCCCCCCGACCCCUCCAUGCUAGAACCUGCCUUUGCAACAGUACCGUUUGCACUAUGAUAAACCAAUGCAAAUAGUUGGUUGCUACAGAUAACUGUUUUAGAGAAACCACUUUGAUACCAACCGACUUGUGUCAUAUGUAUGCAUCAAUAUUUUGUAAAUAAAUGUUUAUUUUUUAAUCACUGUUGGGAUAUGUUCAUCGCAGACAAUGCAACGACUUCAACCUGUACCUUAGCUUAAUAAACGCCAACCAAUAUUCUCUUCGGCACAGAAUUCCCUGGAUUUUUGAACACCAAUACUGUGUAGGAACAAUGCAACAAAGUAAACCAUAUGUUGAGAAUUGUG